AUGUUUAUACUGAAAACGAUGCUUAGAAAUGAAAUCUCGAGUCGAGAAAGAUUAAACCAUCAGCUCAAGUCACAUGCAUAUGUAUGUGAAAGUGAAUCAUCAAAAAAUUUAAUUAAUGGAAUUAAACGUCAAUAUCAGCUGUUGAAAACAGCUAAUAAAUCGUAUCCAAUUUCGAGUCAAAAUAAUAAAACAAUUUUGCAAGACAACUUAACACAAACUAAACAACUUAAAGCUACUUCAAAAGGUUUUUUCUAUCCUGUCAGAUUAGUGCUUUUUCUUCAAAGUUACAUGAAAAGAGAUGAAAUUCUACUUCGGAUUAGAAAAAUGAAGAUAACAAAUAUGGGAAAACUCAUGAAAACAACAAUUAAUUCCCGACAAUUUCGUUACAUGACGUAA